CAGUUCCAUUUCUACGCAAGAGCGCGAUCAAACUCGCAACGUACAAAUAUAGCACAACAGGAGCGAGUAACGAAAAACGACCAAGCGCCCGAGCAAAACAUUAAACUACGCGUCGGGAAAAGUGAUUGUUGUGAUUGCCGUGCAUCAGUAGAAAAAACCGCGAAUCGUCUUCUGCGCGCUUUGAUGAUUAUUCAAUCCAGCGCUCGGCGUGAAAAAUGGGUGCACAAAACUCAAAAGGCCCCGGCGAGGCUUCUGGUUCAGAUAAGGCGUCGUCAUCCACCGGUGCUUCGCAACAGCCACCCGAUAAGAAGUCCAGCUCCACAACGGAUGUGAAAGCCAUACAAAAUGCCGCCAAGGGAAUGAUUCGCUCAGCGUCCGGGGCUGAUAUUAAUGAAAAAACGCUUACACAACUCGUGCCUAUCGAGAGACUAGCGCAAAUACUGCGAAACAAAUCGAACGCCCAGCAUGGAGUCAAUGGAGUCACUGUCGAUGUUUUUGUUAAUGAAGUGUUUCCACAGUUUCCUGACCUAGGUCGACGACUUUUCAAUUUUCUACAUAUGAACUCCCGCGCUCAAACACAAUACUUGGGCACAAUUGCCUUCCGACAACAAUGUGAAAGAUUUUUGGGCAUCAUGAAUGACACAACCAUCCUUGAAAACUACGUGAGAAUAUUCGCAGAGGAAGAUAGGCCCGAUGCAAUCACAAGACAAGGAGUCAUGAAUUUACUUAAUACAUGUUUUCGGGUGGCAAUGUCUCACUAUCCUGGGAAUGUAAAAAUUUGCAAUAUGAUGGAUCGAACUUUUUCCGCGGUCAUCAAUUCUAUUUUCUUCACACAGGACCUCCUAAGUGUUGGCUAUGUUUGUCGUUGGUUUGAGCAGAAUUGCAUACGUUUGAUAAUAAUUGUUCACAAAUUUUGCGUUCACACUUUAUCUACAGCGUAUCGUGGCCUCGAACAGGGUUUUGAGCAGUCAUUCGGCUUAGAGCUUGCUACCCCAGUGUUAGAACAAACCUCGCCAUUUCCUGAUCGUUCUAAUGACGAAGGUUUGAUGCCAUUAUCUCAAGCUUGGCUUUUGGCCGGUGCCUUGCCAACCAUGUACUCAAAACCACAAGCUAUUCCCACUUCGGGUGGUAACAGUUCAAACUCUGCUCAAUUUCUUAAAGAUAAAAUGUCAUUAAUCCCAUCACAUUGGACUUUAAUAUAUGAUUCUAAUCAACACGGAGUUGGUGCAAAUCGAUUUUUACAUCACGUAUUGGGAUAUCGUGGUCCAACACUUGUUCUGUUACAUACGAAAGAUGACCAAACAUAUUGUAUUGCUUCACCGUCCGAAUGGAAGGAGACUCAUUUGUAUAUUGGCGGCGAGGAGAGCCGUGUCAUUCAAUUGUUGCCUAAAUUUGUGAUAUUAGAAAAAGGUGCUAAAAUUUUGUACUUAAACACUAGUAUAAGAGGAUAUCCGAAAGGUCUGAGAGCUGGCUCUGAUCCACGCAAACCAGUGUUAUCCGUCGAUGAAAACUUCGAAAAGAUCGAUUGUAAAGGAAUACGUGCUGAUCUUCUUUCAAUUGAGGUAUGGGGAUGUGGAGAUAAAACAUCUCGCGAAGUCCAGUUGGACAUUAAAAAGUGGCAAAUAAAAGAAGCUGAGAGGCAGAGAACAGUUAAAUUAACGGCAGCUGAUUGGAUGGACCACCCCGAUCGUUAUCUCCUCGAAUUAGGCGGUAGACCAAACUACAAUAACUAAACCAAGGAAAAGCAAGUACUUCACUGGCAAAUGCAACGUACUUAAUUUUAAUAUUUAUACAGCACACCAUGCCUGAGAGUGUGUAUGAUAUUUUUACUAUUAUUAUAUUUGGCCUACAAUUUAGCCAGUUUUUUUUCUUUUUUGUGUCAUAAACGGUUGUAUUUUUUGACUUAGUUCAAAGUAAAUUUGUCCAAAAGUUAUUUUUGUCUCUAAAUUAUUGAUAGUUUUCACUCCAAAUAGAAAUACACUUUUUGCAUUUACAAUCAAUGAGCAUUUGUGGAUAUUGUAUUCAUUAAUAUUAACUCCAUACAUACUUAUUACUAACACUUGAUCAUUUUUAUGUGUUUUUUAACAAUAUCAAGAAAUUCAUUAAAAAAUACGGCACUGCAGCCGAAUAUGAAGGUUUGCCCUCUGUAGUAGAGUUAAUAUUGGCAUGGAGAAACACAGUGUUUUUAUGCAUAAGGAGAUUCAUAUCAGGAUCUGCUCAAGUGUGGGCAAACAGGAAAUACUCGGUGAAUAUUUUUAACGACUGUGUUUUACAAAGCAAUCAGAAUAAAAUUGCCAUUUUGUAAAUCAUAUGCUUAAAUUGCAAUAAAAUAUAAAAAAGUCGA